GUUACCUAAAAAAAGAGUGAAUACGCAUCUAGGAAAUUGCAAACAAAAGCAGAAUUUUGAUAUCGUUUGAUAUUGCAAAAAUUUUACCGUUUAUUUACGGUUGAGUAACAUUUACUAAGUCUAUAAUUAACAUACUUCCUAUCUUCAGUUUGCUGCUAGCAUUAACAUUCGAAAACUUACUGCUUCAACCUCAUUUCGGUCACUUGAGUCUUGGAUCAUGACGGUGAGCAAUAUACUCGUUCUCGGAAGCUUAAACAUGGAUUUGGUUAUGCAAACUAAAGUCUGUCCAGCAGGAGGUCAAACAAUGCAUGGUGACCCAGAUGGAUUUCAUACUGGCGCUGGUGGUAAAGGAGCAAACCAAGCAGUCGCUGUAGCUCGAUUGUCAAAUCCGUCUGAUACUAAAAUCUACAUGGCUGGCUGUGUCGGUGAGGAUGUCUUUGGGCAGGAUAUGUUACGAGGCCUUAAGCAAGACAACGUCGACGUCGACGCUGUUAAAGUCAUCCCUAACAAAUCCUCUGGUGUUGCAAUGAUUAUCGUAGAGUCUAACGGUGAAAACAGAAUUUUAUUGUCUGAAGGAGCAAAUAGCUGUGUCGAUGUUCCCUUCGUGCAGGCUUUGGAAGAAAAAAUCCAACAUAGCGACCUUUUAAUCCUGCAACUAGAAAUCCCUCUUUUAUCGGUCCAAAAAGCAGUUGAGUUAGCUCACAAGCAUCAUGUUGACGUUUUGUUGAAUCCUGCUCCUGCCGUCUCUUUAUCUCCUGAACUCUUGCAACAUGUCAGCUAUCUGGUUCCUAAUGAACACGAAGCAGCUGUUUUACUGGGAUGCCCAGAAUCUCCCCCGACAGCUCAAAAUGCUGAACUGUAUGCUGAUAAGCUUUUGGCUACGGGUAUUCGCAAAGCGGUCAUCAUUACUUUAGGAAGCGAGGGUGCCUUUUACAAAACUAAAACAGGAGAGAGUGCCCAUAUUCCUGCAAAGAAAGUACAAGCAAUAGAUACUACUGCUGCAGGUGACACCUUUAUUGGUGCUUUCUCAACCUCAAUCUCUCAUGAAAAGCCCUUGAAGGAUUCCCUCCAAUUCGCCGCUCAAAGCAGCGCAAUUACGGUUCAACGGAAAGGAGCAGCCAACUCGAUUCCUACUUAUACGGACAUUCAGAAUAUUCUAAAAUAAUUUUGGUCUUUCUGUUAUUAUUAUUAUUAUUUUUUUUUUCCUUCUUUCUGAGAAAGAAGGAAAAAAGGACGCAAAU